CGCGGGAUGAAGAAGCGCAGAAAGAUCUGCUUGAUGCUUCGGGAGCUAUUUCGCUGACUGUACGAUGCAACGUCGCGUAAAGCUAUCGGAGCGUGUCAACUGGAAGCGAGUGUGUGAGGAAAGAGGUGAGGGAUUUUUCGGUAGGUUGGAAAGUUACGACUCAUCCAAAGAUGAUGGAGAAAGAAAACGAGCCUCCAGCGGCACUAUAAAAGCUAGUCGCUGUCGUCGGAUCAACCAUCAUCCAACAGACGAUCGUUGUACGGAGCAGUUGAUCAGCUACAUUUUCGGAAAGGCAAACAUGAAGGCGUUCAUCGUAUUCUCCAUGGCUCUGGCCCUGGCCAGCGCGGCGGCAGUCGACGAUUCGAAGAAGGAAAAGCGCGGACUUUACGAUCUUGAAUCGGCCCAUGAAUCGUACGAAAGCUACGACCAUCAUCACCAACCACUGAACUAUGGAUACACCAAGAAGGAGAUCAUCACCAAGAAGGUCCCCGUUCCGUACCCAGUUGAGGUCGAGAAACACGUCCCGGUGCCGGUGAAGGUUCCAUACCCAGUGAAGGUCGAGAAGGAGGUUCCGUUCGUGGUUGAAAAGAAGGUCCCAGUUUACAUCGAGAAGAAGGUUCCAGUUCACGUUGACCGUCCGUACCCAGUGGAAGUGAAGGUCCCAGUCGAGGUCCCAGUCUACAAGAAGGAAUACGUCGAGGUCCCGAAGCCGUACGCAGUUCAUGUUGAGAAGCCUUAUCCGGUCUACGUCAAGCAGCCCGUCUACGUCGAGAAGCAAGUUCCAGUGACCGUCCACAUCAAGGAGCACCACAAGAAGCCAUUCUGGGGUUGAAAGGACUUGAAUGUGUUGGGAUUGGUCGAUGGAAACUACUGACUGUUGUUGAUGAUCUUCAAUAAAUGUUACACUAGAGAUUAAACAAA